AUGGUCGAAGUACCGGACACGUACCAUGGCUUCUACCACCUGGAUGGGGACAACAUCAUGCGGGAAUCCGGAGAGAAAAGCAAAGAGUUGACAGCCGGUCUCGUCAAAGCCUUCUACGAGCACUGGUUCAAGAACCGGCCAGCGCCAGAGAAGCUUUGGAAGCCAUAUCUCGACGCCUUGGCAUCACAGUGCCUGGAAGCUCUCAAGUCUCACGACCGGAUUGCGUUGACGUUCUCCGUCUACAGGCGAGAGGCACGGGACUACUUUCGACAGCUUCUGCCUGGCCGUGUCUCCUUUCUCAAGCUAGACUGCGACCCGGACGUGGUGGUCCGAAGUGCCUUGGCCAGGCUCGAGAAAUACAUGGCCCUGAGUGGAAAGACCGUGGAAGACUGGUGGAAGCAGGAGCAGAAGGAUCAGGUCUACGGCGAGUACAGCUAUGAGAGCUACAAGAAAAUGCAGCUGGCCGAGUUCCUCUCAGGAAUGGAGCCGUUCGACCCGGAGGAGGAGCACUGCGUCACGUGUGACGUUUCCGCACGCGGCGCAGCCGCAAUGCGUGGCAUCUCUGAAUCUCUGGCGUUGCGACCUCCAGAGGACCCGGACAUUGAGCGCCUGAAACGAAUGGAAACCGAUCGUUUGGAGUCCCACCGGAAGGGCCUGCAAGAACGUAGUUGA